CCUUGUAUAUUCUAUGAUGUUGUUUAAAUAAGGACUGACAUCUUUUGAAUGUUGUGCCUUUAGUUUAAUCUAAAGUACAUAUUUUAUCUGUUUAUGAACAUCAGUUGUUAUUUACUAGCUUCCCAUGAAAAUCAUACCGCGGUAACAAGAAAUUGACGAUGAAUUCGUUAAUUCGUGCCCAUCGUUUGCGUUUCAUUUAAUUCUUUAUAAAUACCGCUCGCUUUAAGAAAAUUGUUAUGCAAAUUGUUAUUUAUGCGACGCUCUACCACAAAAGAGCUUAAUUCGUUUAAUGUUUGUAUAUAGCUAAAACAAUAUUGUACAUAAGUACAUUGACGACACGCAGCGGCAUCUUAACAGUUUUCUGUUUCUCCCGAAGUCGCUGUUAUCUUUUGAAGUGCUUAUAAUAUUUGGAUAUUUCCUUUUAUGACGUUUCAUAGCAAGCAAGUCGUGACUAUUUGCCAAAAAAAUGAAAAUAUUAGAAGCCUGGCCUCCAGCAAUGAAGAAAUCUUUGAUUCUCAUUGAAGCUGUGCAUGCUGAACGCUAUCGCCAGUUGCAUCUUCUCCUCGAAGCUGGCGUUGAUGUAAACUGUCAGGAUCCAAAUACUGGCCACACUUCACUCAUACGUGCCAUGUUUGUUGAAAAUCCUCGUCAGAGACGAAGGAUGGUUAAAACUUUGAUUAAUUAUGGUGGUAAGAUUGAGAAAAGUGAUGUGGAUGGACGAACGGCGCUUGCUUGGGCUUGUUGUUUGGCUAGAAAUGAUAUAAUACGCUUCUUCCUACGGGCAAUUCAUUUAGACAUCGGACUGAACUCUGUUGACAAAUAUGGCAACAAUAAUCUUAUGCUAGCAUGCACUUCGGGUAAUCCAAACACAGUACAUCUUAUUGCUGAAGCAUUUCGACAAGCAAAUAUUGACGUUAAUCGAAGGAAUUUGAACGGGGAAAAUGCUCUAAUGUACGCUCAUCGUCUUGGCUUUUAUGACUGUGUUAAAGUUUUAGUCGAGGGAGGUUAUGUAAGGACUAGCAUGUCUAAAGAACUGUUGUAUGGUGACGAAAGGAAAGUGAUGUCGACUAUAGCUGCUCCUUCUAUAUUACAUAGUUCGAAUAACGAAAUAACGCUACCACAAAUCUUUUCUAUGUAUAGUGACCAUUUGACUGAUUCAUUUCCACGUUCCCUGUCUAAACAAUGCUCUUUAAAAUCGUUAAGUAAUCGUAAACAUUGUAAAUAAGUUGUAAAUAAUAUUGAGAACGAAUUUCUGUAGAUAAAAUAUCAUGAAAAAUCUUGUUUACUUAUGUCCAA